AUGGCAACUACAGCCCUCUCUGGCGUGGCCUUUGGCGCCGGCCUCGCUGCUGCCGGAGUCUACCACCCAGCCGUCAUCACGAGCCAGCUCAAGCUUGAGAACUGGCAUAUGAUCCAGGCCUUCCUCGCCGCCGCGGCCUCCAGCGGUAUUGCUGUCCUCCUCCUCGACCGCCUGGGCUACUAUCACCCCAAGCCACGCUCCGCCUCGCGGAUGGGGCUGUUCGGCCCUUACGACGGCAACAUUCUCGGCGGCGCCCUCCAGGGUCUCGGUAUGGCCCUCGCCGGCGCCUGCCCCGGCACCGUCAUUCCCCAGGCCGCCGUUGGUGUCCCCUCAGGCCUCUACGCCCUCUUCGGCACCCUCAUCGGCGGCAUCGCCUGGUCCGGCUUCAUCUCCUCCCGCGCCGCCCGCGCCGCGUCCCGCGCUCCCGCCGAGAACCCAAAACUUACCGUCCAGGAACGCCUCGGUAUCUCCUCGACCGCCAUCUUCACCAUCUUCGAGGCCAUUUGCGCUGUCGCCCUCUACACCGCCGGCACUGCCUCUGCGCCCAGCCGCUACGCAGCCAUCAACCCGGCCCUCGGCGGCCUCUGCAUCGGCCUCGCCCAGCUGUUCUCCAUGCUCGUGCGCAAGACCAUGGUCGGCGUCUCCACCGCCUAUGAGGAGGCAGGCAAGCACUUCUUCUGGCUCGCCGAGGGCGCGUCCGGCCCUCGCCCCGGCGCCAAGAACCUCCUCUUCGCCGCCGGCGUCGGUGCCGGCGCGCGCCUGCUGACGAGCUGGGAUCCCGCCUUCAAGGCUGGCGUCAGCGACAUCACCGUGGACCCUCUGCUCGCCGUUGCCGGUGGCGUCUGUCUCGCCGUUGGCUCGAGGCUGGCUGGCGGGUGCACUUCUGGCCACGGCAUCAGUGGCAUGUCCAUGUUCUCGACCUCGAGCUUUGUCACGAUAGUGUCCAUGUUUGGCGCCGGUGCCUUGUUCAUGCCUCUUUUCAUUUGA